AUGCAUGACAAAGACAGUGCGGAGAAUGACGGCUAUCUGUGGAUGAACGCCAUAGCUAGCGGGCGCUUGGAGCUGGUCGAGGCGUCAAUGACCGAGCGCACCUGUCCCAUGCCCAGUGGACGCCCCGCCAUUAUCAGUGCCGCAGAGGCCGGCAACACCCCUCUCGUUGCACUUCUGUUGUCUCAGGAAAAAGACCUGUGCGACAAUGCUGGAAGAACCGCGCUCAUGCACGCAGCCAUUCACAAUCAUCUAACCACGGCAAAAGAGUUGUUGUCGUUAGCGGGAAGACAGACCAAUGACGGCAUUUCUGCGCUCAUGUACGCUGCCUGGCGCGGCCAUCUCCAAUUGGUUGAGCUCCUUGCGUGCUUCAAGAAUGGCGUGGAGCUUGGGCUACAGCGUGCCAACGGCGAAACGGCUCUCAUGACUGCCAUCCGAAUGGGACACAAGAGCUGCGCCUUAGUUCUAAUAAAGUCCGACAGGGAGCUCAACAAGCAAAUGGCUGACGGAACGACAGCCCUGAUGUUAGCGAAGACAAGAGACAUAGCCAUGCACCUUCUGUGUGAAGCCAAUUUACUAAGAAAAGGCGGCCUUACUGCACUCAUGACAGGGGCCAUGCAAGAUCUUGACGAAGUCGUCGAGUUUCUUGCUCCAUAUCUACGAGACAAACGAUCUCAUGAGGGAUAUACUGCUCUCAUGCUGGCCGCUCGACAUGGCAACGCGAAAAGCGUAAAGAUCUUAAUUAAAAAGACUGGCGAGUUGGGACUACAGGACAAACAGGGUAGAUCAGCGCUAAUGCUAGCCGCACACCACGGAUCCAAGGACUGUGUAGAGCUCCUCCUUAAGGGGGAAGGCCACCUCGUUGACUAUAAAAAUCGCAGAGCCUCAGCCUAUACCACGAAUGAUGAUCUGAGGCUUCUGUUGGGACUAUUCAACAGGGGGGAUGUAGAUACAGAGGGCCUAACGACUCUCAUGCAUGCAGCCAGGCUUACGCGCCCUGAGGUAGUUGAGCAGCUCAUCAGCACACAACUAAAAGCACAGGAUUCCAUUGGACGCACAGCUCUUAUGUACGCAUGCCUUUGUGGGCAUGAGAGUUCGGCAGAAAUGGUCCCCGUAGUCUCUAUGCUGUCUGCAGAAGCAGGAUUAUGUGACUCUCGUGGGCGUUCUGCGCUCUUCUACCUUAUAGAUAACCCCCACGUGCACGGCCUUACUGGAGAAGCAAGAGCCAAUAUCUCAAGCAUACUACUGCUCCUAAGCUCUGAGCUCUCGUUGGUUGGGCCAAAGGGAUUAAGGCCUCUCGAUUAUGCAAUCACGCAGGAGAAGUAUGGGGUAGGGGCUCUCAUCUAUAACUCAGCUAUGGCACUUCAUACUGGAAAUCUUGUCUCAAUCCGGGCAAUAAUAGUAUCAAUGUUAAACACCCUUGCUUGCGGGGUAGAUGAAGAAUACGAGGAUAGCCCUAUGAGGGAAGACGCAAGGGCACUGACAGACUUUAUAUCUUCUUCCUUUUGUGACGACGGGCCCUUUCUUGCAGAAGAGCUUGCCGAUCAGAUGGAGAGCAUAUGCAGAGAUACAGAGCUGCCAGGAUGUUGCAUAUGCCUGGAGCAAGAAGCUGAGGAGGUUAUGGUGCCUUGCGGACACUUGACCUGUUGUAAGAGCUGCUUAUCGAAGGUUCAUAAGGUAUGUCCAGUUUGUAGAGCCCCUGUUCAAACUACAAUUGCUCCUCUCUUUCGGGAAGAAACACAGCAUAGUAAGGAUUUGGGUGAAUCUAGGCGCAUGCCGCCGCGGUCUACAGUCAUGUCAACAUUGUCGCUUAUUGCCCAAGAACCUCACCUUCAGGGCUCAGAACCACUUUCUCGGACAUCUUCCCCAUCCAGCGUCAGUAGUACGCGCUAUAACUUAACCACAGGCUCACAGAGUCUACGCCUAGAAGUGGACUCCGAGAUGGAACUGUCCGACUCCACUACUCGUUCUGAGUCGCCCUCAGUCGGCUGGCCUGCGUGA